GGGAGUAGUAGCUUCGUAGCCUCUGUUUUUUUUUUUUUUUGGCAGCCAUGUGAUGGGAAGCCGGCAAUUCUACACGGCCAUUUGGCUGUCACUCGAAACAACACAUUUUCAACAUCAAGCUGUACCAGAAAAAAGAAAGCAGAUGUCUACAGGUCCAACAGGCAGUACAAAAAAGGUGAUGCAUGCAUCACGAUCCGAUGCAACAGCGCCGACUGUAUCGCCUUUCUAGGCAUCUAAGCACAUCCAGAUCCACAUAGACUGAAUGGCAACUGACAACUUUCUUGUAUAAAUCACACCCAACUCAAAAAGUUCUUGCAGUGAAGUCACACACUAGCACGCUCCAUUGGCAUCCAUGGCGGCUCCUCCUCCUCCUCGUCCUCAGCCUCAUGUCAUGGUGCUUCCCUUCCCUGCGCAAGGCCAUGUCAUGCCUCUGAUGGAGCUCUCUCACCGGCUCGUCGGCCUCGGCUUCGAGGUCGAAUUCGUGCACACCGACUUCAACCGCGACCGCGUCAUCAACGCCAUGGCGAACGAGACGGGGGCGAUCCCUGAUGGGAUCCACAUGGUGUCCUUCCCGGACGGCAUGGACCCUGCCGGUGACCGUGCCAACAUCGCCAAGCUGGGUGACGGCUUGCCGGCCGCCAUGCUCGGCGGCAUCGAGGAGAUGAUCAGAUCGGAGGGGAUCAGGUGGGUGAUCGCCGAUGUGUCCAUGGCCUGGGUGACGGAGCUGGCCGCCACGGUGGGUGUCCACGUCGCCUUGUUCUCGACUUACUCCGCCGCCGUUGUGGCGCACAGGCUGCAAGUCCCCAAGCUGAUCCAGGAUGGCGUCCUGGACGAAAUUGGGAAUGUGAGGAGAAACGAGAUGAUCCAAUUGAGACCCACGAUGCCGCCCGUUCUAGCAGUCGAGCUCCCCUGGGUUACCCUGAGCGGCACGCCGGACGGGCGCAGGAUGGUCAUCCAGAACGUGUUCAAGACCAACCCGACAAUAUCCUCGGCCGAGGUCAUCAUCUGCAACACGUUCCAGGACAUCGAGCCGGGGGCGCUGGCCCUCGUCCCCAACGUGCUGCCGGUUGGACCGCUCGAAGCGCCGGCGACGUCGAGGUUAGCCGGCCAUUUCUGGCCGGAGGACACGACCUGCCUGGCAUGGCUCGACGAACAGGACGCCUGCUCCGUCGUCUACGUGGCGUUUGGGAGCUUCACCGUCUUCGACAUGGCGCGGGUCCAAGAGCUCGCCGAUGGGCUAGUGCUUUCUGGCCGGCCAUUCCUGUGGGUGAUCAGGCAAAACUUCACCAAUGGUGCCGGCGAAGGCUGGCUGGAGGAGUUCAGGCACCGUGUCAGCGGCAAGGGAAUGAUCGUCGGUUGGGCUCCCCAGCAGAGCGUGCUCUCGCACCCGUCGAUCGCAUGCUUCGUGUCGCACUGCGGGUGGAACUCGACGAUGGAAGGGCUCCGGCAUGGUGUGCCGUUUCUGUGCUGGCCGUACUUCGCCGACCAGUACUGCAACCAGAGCUACAUAUGCAAUGUGUGGGGGACUGGAGUGAAGCUCCAGGCGGAUGAGCGAGGGGUUGUCACCAAGGAGGAGAUCAAGAACAAGGUCGAGCAGCUGGUUGACGACAAGGAGAUCAAGGCGAGGGCAGCAAAGUGGAAGCAUGCGGCAUGCACAAGCAUAGCAGAGGGAGGGUCCUCCCAUGAAAACUUGCUGAAGUUUGUGAAUUUGCUAAGAGAACAGUAGUGUCUAAGAUUGUCAAAAUUGUUCUGAAAAUUGAAAGGUCAGAAUUAAUCAUUGAGGUGCUUUGGCAAAUUCAUGGGACUGGAAGUAUACCUUCUCUUUUUUUUUUCUGAAAAGUGUAAUAGAUGAAUCACCAGUGCUACUGCUAAAUGUAAUGCAAUAUAAUAAAAACUACUACCUCUGUUUUCAAAUAUAAGCAUUUCAGGCUAUGCAAUGUAUAGCCAGAAAUGCUUAUAUUUGCAAACGGAUAAAUACUGUUUUUCAGAUGGCC